AUGGGAGUAAAAGGGUUAAGGGAAAAGGAAAUAGAAGUUAAAAAUAGUAUUGAAAUAACUGGUGAAAUCAAGCCAGAAUACAAUGAAAUUCUAUCACACGAAGCCCUGGAGUUUCUUGCUGAUUUGCAUCGCAGUUUUAACUACCAGAGGAAAAAGCUGCUUAGAAAACGACAGGAAAUCCAAGCAGAAAUAAACAGUGGGAAGCAAAUUAAAUAUCCUGAAGCUCACCAUGAGAAGGAUUGGAAAGUGGCACCUGUCCCACAUGAUUUGCAGAUGCGACAUGUGGAGAUCACAGGACCGACAGACUGUAAGAUGGUAAUUAAUGCCCUGAACAGUGGGGCAGACAUGUACAUGGCUGAUUUUGAAGACUCACUGACUCCCUCCUGGAAAAAUAUUGUUGAAGGACAAAUAAACCUCUUAAAUGCAAACAGGGGGACCAUUAAUUUCAUCAAUGCAGAUGGAUCAGAGCGACGUUUGAAGGACAAGACAGCCUGCUUGUUGGUUCGUACCCGUGGCUUGCACCUAGAUGAGAAACACAUCCUUUGUGAUGGAGAACCCAUGAGUGGUGCACUGGUAGAUUUUGGACUUUACUUUUUUCACAAUGUCCACAUAAGGCUUGCCAAUGGCUCUGCUCCAUACUAUUAUCUUCCUAAAAUGGAGACUCAUUUGGAAACAAGGCUUUGGAAUGAUGUGUUUAAAUCUGCUCAGGAUUACAUGAAAGUUCCUCAAGGAACCAUACGAGCAACUGUUAUGUUAGAGACUCUGCUAGCAGGAGUGAACAUGGAAGAAAUGCUUUAUGAGAUAAGAGAGCACUGCUGUGCCAUGAAUGCUGGAAGGUGGGACUACAUUUUUUCAGCAAUUAAAAGAUUCUCCAGAAAACCUGAUUGUGUACUACCAGAUCGUAAGCAGAUAUCAAUGACAGUACCAUUCAUGCGAGCAUACACAGAACGUCUUGUUCAGGUGUGCCAUCAGCGUGGAGCUCAUGCCAUGGGUGGAAUGGCAGCUUUUAUUCCAAGUAGAAGAGAUGAAAAUGUCAAUAAGAUGGCAUUUGAAAAGGUCCGUCAGGAUAAGGAACGGGAAGUGGCUGAUGGAUUUGAUGGCACCUGGGUUGCACAUCCUGACCUUGUGCCUUUUGCAAAGGGGAUCUUUAUGAAGGGCUUGCAUGGUGCCUCCCAUCAAAAACAUCGCCUUCGAGAGGAAGUAAAUGUCAAGGUUGAAGAGAUCUUGUCAGUUUCCGUGCCAGGAGGAAAGAUCACUGAGGAAGGAGUGCGAGUUAAUAUCGGUGUUGCUCUUCAGUAUCUGAGCAGCUGGCUGUCGGGAAUUGGAGCUGUUGCCAUACACAAUUUGAUGGAAGAUGCAGCCACCGCAGAAAUUUCACGAGCACAACUAUGGCAAUGGUUGCGUCAUGGUGUGCGACUUGAGGAUGGACGUCCCUUCACCCCAGAGUUUUACAAAACUUUGCACAAAGAAGAGCUUGAGAAGCUUGGAGGUCCAUCCAAAAGCCGUUUGGCACAGGCAUCUCACCUUUUGGAUAAGUUGGUACUCUCUGAAGAGUUUGAAGAGUUUUUGACAUUGCCAGCAUAUGAACUUCUUGACAACCCCUCAGCCAAGCUGUAGAUUUUCAGUUAUCAAGCUUUAUCCUACAGCAUGAAUGUUAUUAAUUGCUGUAUUGGGUUUAACAUGGUGUAUAGUUGUCCAGAAAUUCACCAAUGUCACUAACAACCAUUGUCUGAGCAACAAGUUUUCAUUUAUUUAAGAUGAACUCUUGUAAGUGAUAAUUCUGUGGUUUUUGAUGGACAAAAUGUCGUCACCAUGAGAAGUCUGUUGUUCUAGAAACUUGAGGCUGGUAAAGGUAUUGGUUUUUGACUGAAAAUUUGGAUGUAAUAAUCAAGUUCAAAGAUGAUGUAGUGAUAGUUUACCAAUUAAAAAAAAGACUUUGCUUGGAAA